AUGCAUAUGAGGUGUGCAAGCCCACGACGCCUGUUCCCGCCUUAUACGAAAACUUAUUACUUUGUCACUGACAAGGCCAAAUUAAAAACACUUGUGACUCGUUCUUCACCAGCAAGGGUUAAAUUUUACCCCGCCCUGCACCAGUUAACAACAACCGUGUCGUCGUCGUCGUCGUCGUCGUCGUCGUCUUCUUCUUCUUCUUCAUCAUCAUCAUCUUCUUCUUCUUCUUCUUCUUCUUCUAUCGUAUUUUUCAUUUAUCUUCUUUCAGUUCAUUACCUCGACUUUAAUGCCUUCUUUUGGCUGCCAGGUUUAUUUUUUGUGCCCAAUAUCUUUUUUAACAUAUUGUCUCUUUCUUUCUUUCUUUCUUUCUUUUCUCUGUUUUUCUUCUUUGGUUCUUGCUUCUUCAUUUUUCCUUUCCUUUUUACUUUUUCAUUCAUGUUUUUGCUUCUUUUUUUUCUUCUUUUCUUCAUUUACUUUUCUUUGCACUUUUUCAGUUUAACUUUUCUCAUUCAUUUCGUUUAUUAUUUUUUUUCAUUCUUUCUUAUCGUUAUUCUUAUCUUUUUCCUUUCUUUUUUGUUUUUAAAUCUCCUUAUUUCAUAUCUAUCUAUCUAUCUAUCUAUCUAUCUAUCUAUCUAUCUAUCUAUCUAUCUAUCUAUCUAUUUCAGUCCGUUCAUAUCUAUCCAUCUAUUUAUCUAUUUAUCACUCUGUCUAUCUAUCAAAAUUUGGAUCUUCCUUUCUUUCUUUUUAUUGUUACGCCGCAUGAGAAAUGAGAACGUGAAAAACAGGAAUAUAUACCAAACCCCUCCGCCCUCUCUGUCUGUCUGUCUGUCUGUCUGUCUCUCUCUCUCUCUCUCUCUCUCUCACACACGCACGUGA